CCAUGCCGGGCCCUGGGCGGCUGGCAGCAAGCCCAGGCCCAGCACCCAGCUGGCCAUGAACGGCCACAGCCACAACGGCGGCCUGGGGCCUCUGGAGCCCGAGGCCAGCCGGCCUGCGCAGGGCCUGUGUGGCCCCCGGGGGCAGGCCCAGGAGGAGGCGGGGGACACAGAGGAGGAGGAGGAGGAGGACACAGGAGGGCCCCGGGGGACGGGGGCGCCCCCCGCGGCGGGCCACCGGCUGGGCCGCCGGCGCGUGCUGUUGGAGAAGCGCAAGCGUCUGGGUGACUACGCGCUCAUCUUCGGCAUGUUUGGCAUCGUGGUGAUGGUGACGGAGACUGAGCUGUCCUGGGGUGUCUACACCAAGGAGUCUCUCUUCUCCCUGGCGAUGAAAUGCUUGAUCAGCCUGUCCACGCUCAUCCUGCUGGGCCUCGUCAUUCUCUACCACGCACGGGAGAUCCAGCUGUUCAUGGUGGACAAUGGGGCGGACGACUGGAGGAUUGCGCUGACCUGUGAGCGUGUGCUCCUCAUCGCGCUGGAGCUGGCCGUGUGCGCCGUCCACCCAGUGCCCGGCCACUACCGCUUCACGUGGACGGCGCGGCUGGCGUUCACCUACGCGCCGUCGGAGGCCCAGGCGGACGUGGACGUGCUGCUGUCCGUCCCCAUGUUCCUGCGGCUCUACCUUCUGGGCCGGGCACUGCUGCUGCACAGCAAGGCCUUCACCGACGCCUCCAGCCGCAGCAUCGGCGCUCUCAACAAGGUCACCUUCAACACCCGCUUCGUCACCAAGACCCUCAUGACCGUCUGCCCCGGCACCGUGCUCCUGGUCUUCAGCAUCUCCUCCUGGGUCAUUGCGGCCUGGACUGUGCGCGUCUGCGAGAGGUACCAUGACCAGCAGGAGGUGACCAGCAGCUUCCUGGGGGCCAUGUGGCUGGUGUCCAUCACCUUCCUGUCCAUCGGCUACGGGGACAUGGCACCCCACACCUACUGCGGCAAGGGCGUGUGCCUGCUCACCGGCAUCAUGGGCGCGGGCUGCACGGCGCUGGUGGUGGCGGUGGUGGCGCGGAAGCUGGAGCUCACCAAGGCGGAGAAGCAUGUGCACAACUUCAUGAUGGACACGCAGCUCACCAAGCGGGUGAAGAACGCGGCGGCGAACGUGCUCCGGGAGACGUGGCUCAUCUACAAACACACGCGGCUGGUGCGGAGGCCGGACCCGGCCCGCGUGCGCAAACACCAGCGUAAGUUCCUCCAGGCCAUCAAUCAGGCUCAGAAGCUCCGCAGCGUGAAGAUUGAGCAGGGGAAACUGAAUGACCAGGCCAACUCGCUCAGUGACCUAGCCAAGACGCAGAGCAUCAUGUUAGACGUGGUGUCGGAACUGCAGGCCCAGCAGGAGGAGCUCGAAGCCCGCCUGGCCGCCCUCGAGAGCCGGCUGGACGCGCUGGCCACCUCGCUGCAGGCCCUGCCCGCGCUCGUCGCCCAAGCC